AGGCGCUGUGCAUGCUGAGCAACGUGGCCUUCCAGGUCUCCCCGCUGCCGCAGGUCAGGAAGUUCACGAAGGAGCAGGACACGGGGGAUGUGGACGCGGCGCCCUUUGUCAGCAUCCUGUACAAUGGCAGCCAGUGGUGCUUCUACGGCAUUUUCGCGUACGAGUACACGCAGAAGAGUGGAUUCCUGGUUCUGGUCUACUCGAAUUUCAUGGGCGUCUUUCUCGGCAUGUACUACAUCUGGGUCUUCCAGUCAAACUGCCAGAGCACCGACACCAUCCGCAAGCUGCUCGUGUACUACCGAGGCGUCGGGGUGAUGGUCGGGAUCCAGAUCAUCGCUAUCGCGGUGAUGUCGCGCCAGCAGGCCCUUUACUUCUGCGGCCUCGUCUCCUCCGCAUGCAGCGUCCUGGGCUCGUGCUCGCUGCUCAGCACCCUGCCAGUCGUGCUGCGCGACAGGUGUUCAGCCUCCAUCAACCUGCCGCUGCUGAUCGCAGGGAUGGCGGGCACAGUGCUGUGGAUUAUCUGUGGCUUCAUUCUCUGGGACUUUUUGAUUGUGCUGCCCAACAUCAUGGGCUUGAUAAUCCAGUCAAUCUGCAUGGGCCUAGUCUUGUACUUCCCGCGGGAUCUCGACAGCAUCGACGGUGCGGAUGGAUCGCAAGAUAGGUAUCUCCUGACUGCAAGUCAUACUCGUGGUCAACGUAGACAUGACUAUGGAACCGUGAAGGUCUGCGGAGAGACUGGUGGCACUUGGUGAUCUUCUGAAGGAGCCGUUCGAAGACGCAGGAGCUUGCUUCGAGGGGGUUCCGACGCAGAGUGUGGUGUCUCCCAUGGGCGAGCAUACUGAAGGCAAACUAGUUGCCGGCAGUCGAGUAGAAGGGCGCGGUCAGCUGCAAAAUAGUCCAUUCGCAC